GGACCUCCCUCCGCUCAGCCAUGGUCAACCCCACCGUGUUCUUCGACAUCGCCGUCGACGGCGAGCCCUUGGGCCGCGUCUCCUUCGAGCUGUUUGCAGACAAAGUUCCAAAGACAGCAGAAAACUUUCGUGCCCUGAGCACUGGGGAGAAAGGAUUUGGUUAUAAGGGUUCCUGCUUUCACAGAAUUAUUCCAGGAUUUAUGUGCCAGGGUGGUGACUUUACACGCCAUAACGGCACAGGUGGCAAGUCCAUCUAUGGGGAGAAGUUUGAAGAUGAGAAUUUCCUCCUGAAGCAUACAGGUCCUGGCAUCCUGUCCAUGGCAAACGCUGGACCCAACACAAACGGUUCUCAGUUUUUCAUCUGCACGGCGAAGACUGAGUGGUUGGAUGGCAAGCAUGUGGUCUUCGGCAGGGUGAAAGACGGCAUGAAUAUCAUGGAAGCCAUGGAGCACUUUGGGUCCAGAAAUGGCAAGACGAGCAAGAAGAUCACCAUUGCUGACUGUGGACAACUCUGAUGCAUUUGACUGGUUUUAUCUUAACCAGACCAUUCCUUCCGUAGUCAGGAGAGCACCCCUGCCCCAUCUGCUCGGAACACCCCAUUAUCUUUGUGCUCUCGCUGCAGUUCAUUGGGUUCCAUAUUUUCCUUGCCCCCUCCAAGUAUAGCCUGGGUUGCAGAGUUAAGUUUAUGAUUAUGAAAUAAAAGCUAAACAACAGUUGUCUGUCCUUGUUUGGGUUGGGGUGUUGGUGUAGGUGUAGGUUUCAUUUUAAGCAGUAACAGGUUACUUCUAAAAGACGAUACUAGCUGUCAGCUUAAUUCCAGAAUACUUUGUUUUUUAGCUUUCCUGACGGGAUAAUUAAAUAACAGCUGUAUCCCCAAGGAAAGCUGAGUGGAAUGAUAAAGGUGUGGAUGGGGCAGGAAAAAACAAGGAGCUGGAACUUAAGGACUGACCAGUUUAGAUCAAGAACUGAAGUUCCCACCUGGCACCUUCAGAGUUAGCCAUCAAAAUUACUGCUGUCACAUUGAAAACCAGCUUGUGUGAACGUAGUGCACACCUUGAGGGAAGUCUGUCAGGCUGUAGGCUCAGGGGAAGGGUCCUGGGACCACUGGGCUGUUGAGCAAGUAAAUGACCAGUUAAGGGUUGAUAAUAAAGCUUAAUAUGUGCAAUUAUUGACAACUGAGUCUUGGUGAGAAGCGGGUACCUGGUGCUGUGGUGGGUGAGGGCAUCUGGCUGGGUUAGGGCCCCUCCCCAUGGUCUGAGCUAUGGAGACCCUUGCUCAUGGUCAUUCGAGGUCUUGCAGUCCCUCUAGUGUGAACCUGGCCCACCUGAGCCCUAAAAUCUAAUUGAGAUGAGGUCCUUUCCUUUGGUGAGCUUGGUUUCCUUUAAAAUCCAGUAUGCAAAUACAGUGCCAGGAGGGAUUACUGUGUGAAGGUCUGUCAGGACAAUUUAGUGGAGGUGAGCUAGAACACCCUCUGCAGUCCCCCUCCCAGCAAGCUGUCCCAGUUUGGGGGCAUCACUCCCAACAAUCACUUCUAGAGGUGUGAGAUGAUGCACUUGACCCGCUGUCCCUGAAUUUCAGUCCUAUAUUUACUCCUGUUCUCUAGGUGAUGAACCCCAGGACAUUUCAUCAGCCUGACCUUUGUUCCCUUAAUAAACUAGUCCUAGGUUGAGCAUGCA